UGUAAGAAGACGUGAGGGACUGUAAAGUGUCUGUUUUUAACUCUUUCUCUAGCGGCAUGGACAGCAUCAGGACAACGGUGUACCUCGGCGUGUGUGUGUUAUUGCUCAGCACUGUGUGUCAGGCUCACAGCUCUCUGGACCCCAGACUGUCUGAGGAGCAGCUAGUGACCAGAGACAUGGCUGAAGCGCUGGAAAGCCUUCUGGAAGGAGACAAUCAGAUAGAACUGGAUAAAAGAGCCAGCAUCAUCCCGAGGUGUGAUGUAGGAGAACGGUGUGCCAUGAAACACGGACCACGCAUCGGCCGCCUGUGUGACUGUAUGAGAGGGAGUGCGUGUAACACCUUCUUCCUGCGCUGCUACUGACCGAGCUUACAGAACAUCAGGCACAGUGCGGCUAGCUCUGAUGGGAUCUUAUGUUGUUGACGUCUUUAAAAUUGUCUAGUUCGUAAAACUCUAAUUAUCUAGUUCGUAAAUUCUUUGUGUAUGUUUUAUAAAGACAAAUGUACGGUUGCGUUUAUUUAUUUUUGUUUAAUAAAAUGUCUUUAAGACUCUUUGAUACUGUAUUAGUAUUUAAUAAUGAAUUAAUAUUCA